ACACUGCAGCCAUAUAAAUCAGAUUUUUGACAUGUUAUAAAACGUAAGUCAUAGCUCCCAUUAUCUGCAGUACUCAAAAACUUUUGAAACACUGCAUGUCCAACAAAAUUUAUUUUUUGUGUGAAUGUGCUGUUUUUUAACCCUAAUCUCUUGACCAAGAAUGAAACCAUUUAAAAAUUAAGAUGCCAACAGAUCACGAAGAGCCCUGUGGUCCCAGUCACAAGUCAUUUUGCCUGAAUGGAGGGAUUUGCUAUGUGAUACCUACUAUUCCCAGCCCAUUUUGUAGGUGCAUUGAAAACUAUACAGGAGCUCGUUGUGAAGAGGUUUUUCUCCUAAGCUCCAGCAUCCAAACUAAAAGUGACCUGUUUGCAGCUUUCAUGGCCAUAGCGGUCCUAGUGACACUUACCAUCGGAGCCUUCUACUUCCUUUGCAGGAAGGGCCCCUUUCAGAGAGCAGGUUCAGUCCAGUAUGAUAUCAGCCUGGUGGAGAUGAGCGGGACCAACGCCCACCACAAUCAUGGAGAACACUGAAGAAAUGGCAAAGUGAACCAAAUCAUUGCUUUUAUUUUACAAAGGCAGAAAAUGAAACACCGUUAGGUAAAAGAAAAAUGUAAUCCUUUAUUUCCUAAAUGAAAUGCUUGUGUAACCUGUCGUAUCAUGAACC